CUCUACAGAAGUGAGAUGGCGAUGCGGAUGACGGCGGCGGCGCUGGUGGCGGUGAUGGGCGUGCUGGCGCCCCAAGCGAGCACCACUGAAGAAACAUCCUCCCAAAAUAGUUCUAGCAAUCAGACAGGGGCACGUUCUAAUAAAGGGAAGACGCCGGAUGCCGACGCCGACGCCACAGCACAGGCGGCGCCAGCCGCGACGUCGGCGACCCCGCCGCCGCUUCCGCCGCGGUGCGAGGACGAGUUGGUGGACGGCUGGCCGACGUGGCUGCUGAACAACGUGCCCCGCGAGACGCUGCAGGGAAUCGUCCCCAAGAGCGUCUUCGCGUACGAGAAGAUGGAGAAGGUCGGUGAGGGCUCGUACAGCAGCGUGUACAAGGCGCGGGAGCGCGGGACGGGGCGGAUCGUGGCGCUGAAGAAGGUGGAGUUCAACAGGUCGGAGUCGGAGAGCGUGCGGUUCAUGGCGAGGGAGAUCCAGUUCCUGCGGCGGCUGGACCACCCCAACGUGAUGAAGCUGGAGGGCGUCGCCACCUCCCGCCGCAGCAUCUACCUCGUCUUCGACUUCAUGUACGACGACCUCGCCAGGCUCGUCUUCCGCUCCGGCAAGUGCCUCACCGAGCCGCAGAUCAAGUGCUACAUGCAGCAGAUGCUCGAGGGGCUGCAGCACUGCCACGAGCGCGGCAUCCUUCACCUGGACAUCAAGCACGCCAACCUGAUGAUCGACCGCCACGGCGUGCUCAAGAUCGGCGACUUCGGCCUCUCCAGCGACUACGGCGCCGGUCGCUGGCAGCCAGCCCCCAACCGCGUCGUCUCGCUCCCGUACCGCGCUCCGGAGCUGCUGCUGGGCUCCACCAACUACGGCGUCGGCGUCGACCUGUGGAGCGCCGGCUGCCUCCUCGCCGAGAUGUUCUUCGGCAAGACUCUCAUGCACGGCAGUGGCGAGAAGGAUCAGCUGCUGAAGAUCUUCGAGCUGUUCGGGUCGCCGCCGGACGACUACUGGCGGAAGAUGGAGCUCUCGCCGUCGCUCAAGCCCCCCGAGACGUACAAGUCCACGACGGCCGAGCGGUUCCGGGACCUGCCGCCGUCGACGAUCGGCCUGCUCGCCACGCUCCUCGCGUUCGACCCGGCCGCGCGCGGCACCGCCGGACAGGCCCUGCAGAGCACCUUUUUCAGCACGCCGCCGCUGCCGUGCGACCUCUCGGAGCUCCCCGUCGUGUACAAGGUGGAGGAGGGCGUCGACCCGAGGAAGAGGAGACCGCUAUCGCUGAAGUUCAUUCGUGUUCCAGGUGGCCCCCUGAAAUUGGUCGAGGAGAAGGAGAGUGAUGAAUGGACUGAUGAUGAAUUGACUGACACGGCGAACUCAGGCCAAGAACCAGUGAUUAACACAGGAAAUCCAGGCCAAGAAUCAGCAGGUGCUGCUAAUGCUUCCUCCAGCGCUCACGACGAAAAAAACAUCGUCAGCGCCUCAUCCAGCACAAUCGCGAAACAGUUUUCGGGUAGCCGGGUCGUUCAGGAAGCGAGCCCGGUUCAGAAGCCAGCGCAAGAUCAGAAGCAGGUGCCGACGGCAAACACCUCCCACCACUCAGGCAGCGACGACGACGGCGAGGAGCCGAGGACCACCAACUGGUCGCGGCUCCGGACCACGAUGAUGGCGACGACGGCGUGGAGGAAGAGUAGGCCAAAGGCGAGCUGUCGUCCGGCAGCGGCGGUGGCGGCACCGUGA